UUUGUAUGCAUAUGUGUUAUUGUUUAUUUUUUCCAGGUGAAUUGGUUAUUUGCCACAGCAGCAGCCUAAUGAUCAAUGACUAGAUUUACUUGUGUGGCCUCGGGGCAGAAAGUAGCUGCUGGGCCCCUGUUGACCACACACCCAACAAAUCUGACCCAGGAUUCAAUUCUAACUUUUAAUACUCGGAAAGUACUAACUUCUUUGCAGACUCAAUACCUAGCCUGAAUACUAACUGGCCACAUGAAUGUGUGUUGUGUAGGCCGGUGACAUUGGCACCAUCUGCCCUGAAACUGACUCGUUGCUCACGUAAGUGGUCAGGCAGCAUGUUUCCUCUCUGAAGUUAGCCAGUGUUGAUCACUGAAAGAGUUGACUCUCCCUUUUUGUUUCUACUUGCUUGUGAGGACUGGUCCCAGUGUGCUGCAGUACUAAAACCAAUAGAACAUUCAUUCAACAGAAACGAGGAACUUCAUAUAAUUUGGAAACAUUUUGAUGGAGGCCAUGAAAUAAAAAAUGUGCACAUUUACAGAAGAUAUCUUGAAAUCCCAGUGCAUCAAACGCCAUGAUGUCCCUCAAUGACUUGUGAAGCAGGAAGUGUUUGUUUCUGCGGCUCCUUUAAGAACCAGGAAGCAGCGCAUUUGUUACCAGGACGACAAGCAAUGACACAACUCCGGCUCGUCUGCAGCAGUGGGUGUUUGCAAACUCGCAGUGAGAAUUGAACUACCACCAUGACAAACAACUGGUUUUGCACAGUGCAGGUGAACAGAGUGCAUUUUAUUUUAGUCACUAAAUUGAUUUAAAACGAACCAGCUGCUCCACGACGGACAUUGAACAAAAUAAUCAGAGUAUGGAACGUACUGUUUAAAAAAAAAAAGCCAAAAUGAGCAACAAAUCAACAAACGUGUCUGAGGUGGAGGACCACAUUUCUCUGAAGUAUGACAUCAAGAAGAGACUUGGAAAAGGGGCCUAUGGCAUCGUAUGGAAAGCAGUUGACAGACAGACGGGAGAGAUCGUGGCUGUGAAGAAGAUCUUUGAUGCCUUCAGGAACAGGACAGAUGCCCAGCGGACAUUCAGGGAAAUCAUGUUCCUCCAGGAGUUUGGCGAUCAUCCCAACAUCGUCCGACUUCUGGACGUCGUCAGAGCUCAAAAUGACAAAGACAUAUACCUCAUCUUUGAAUAUAUGGAUACCGACCUGCAUGCAGUGAUAAAGAAAGGCACCCUACUGAAGGACAUCCACAAACGUUAUGUGAUGUACCAGCUCCUCAAAGCCAUCAAAUACCUGCAUUCAGGAAAUGUUAUCCACAGGGACCAAAAGCCAUCCAAUGUGCUGCUGGACACUGACUGUGUAGUCAAGCUGUGUGAUUUCGGCUUGGCCCGAUCCCUCAAUCAGAUCAAAGAGGACAGCGGGAAUCCAGCACUGACGGAGUACGUGGCGACGCGGUGGUACCGAGCUCCUGAGAUCCUGCUGGGAUCCACGAGGUACACUAAAGGUGUGGACAUGUGGAGCCUCGGCUGUAUCCUGGGAGAGAUGCUGCUGGGAAAAGCCCUGUUCCCCGGGACAUCCACCAUCAACCAGAUAGAGAAGAUCAUGAGCGCCAUACCACACCCCAGCCCAGAAGAUAUUCUCGCAAUCAAGUCUGAAUACGGAUCCUCUGUCAUUCAGAAAAUGUUACUGAAACCACAGGUGCCUUUGGAGGAUCUUCUCCAGCCCACUGUGUCUCCUGAUGCUCUGGACCUGUUGAGAGGUUUGCUAGUUUUCAACCCAGACAAGCGGCUGACUGCUGAGCAAGCCCUCCAACACCCCUAUGUAGCCAGGUUUCAUAAUCCAGCCAAGGAGCCAGCUCUUAACUAUGAUGUCGUGCUAACAGUGGAUGAUGAUGUACAAUUAUCUGUGGUUCAGUACCGCAACCAACUUUAUGAGAUGAUGCUGGAGAGGAGAACUAAUCAGGGGGUGCUAAGGCUGAUCCACCCAAAAGAUGGAGGCUGUGUCAGUAUCACUGAGAAGACCAAAGUGAAGGAUGGAGUAGAGAAGGGCGCAGUGGCAGCGGAUGGGGAGGAAGACCAUGAGGGGAAAACACAACAUGAAAUGACUGAAGAGACAAACCACGAGCCUUCACAUGCAGGCGUCACUAAACCUGGAACUGUGGAUGUGUCAGCUCCUCCUGCUGUAGAGAAGACGAGUCCGUUAUCUGGCCCUUGCUUGGGAAAACUCACAUAUAACCCCAUCACACAUGCCCCAAAUGGUUUUGUUCAGAGUCCAACUGGUCCUCCUCAUUGCUACCCCUCCACUGCAGCCAGCAGGAAACUAAUGGGACAGACCAGUAAUGGAGGUGCAACAUCACCCACAGAGGGCGCCAACACUAAUGUAUCCAUGGACCAGAUUCUCCAGCGUGGUCGCUCAGCCAAUGUGGCCCAUAACCGCUCCUUCUCCUUGACCCUAAACCAAACCCACAACAACCCGCUGGUUCGCAAGGAUGAGCCGUCCCUGUCCUCUGGGCUGUGCGUCACAUCGGCACGCCUGAACCAGCGCUCCAACUCUCAGGUUCGAGAGGCUCGCCCACCGACACGGUUCAGCAAGAAAGUAUUUCAGAGUAACUGUAACGUGGCAGCUGCAGGCGACCCUCGAGCCAAACUUGGCAGCUAUUCCCAGGCCUAUGGUACCAUCAACAAGACUGAUCUAGACAAUCUGCUUCGAAGACGCCCUUACAACCAGUAAUUGCUGUCAUGUCAGCGGUAACAAAGGGGCCAAACGAACUCACAUAAGAUUUGCCUUCCACAAGGAUGUUAGACACGAGGCAAGCUGAAAGAGAACUUGUCAAAUUACAUGAUUUUUCAUGUUAAUCUAUGUAGCUAAUGAGCUACAGGCUAAAUGGUUUAUGCCCAUUAAGCCUGAUGGUUUCUGAUGGACACAUGAUAAUUGUAAAAUAUGCAAAUAGGUGUUUGAAAUUGAUUGAUGCAAUAAUAAAUAGUUUUUCAUGUGAAUGCAGCAGCAAUAAGCCUACUUGUUCCUAUAAUGUGUACAGAAAGAAAAACAUUAGUGUUUCUUGAACCCAGUUUGUAAUGUUUAACAGACAUGGAUGAAUGUGGCAAUAAACCACCACAACGUUUAAUAAUAAUAAACAGAGGUGGAAAUACUCA